GCUCCAUCCUUUUCACCUGAUCAAAGGAACUGUCCUAGUAUAUUGUUGUGGCAGAUAGAGAAGUGUGAGACUCAUGGGAGCCAGCUCACCUCCCAUAGGAGUUGAGUGCUUUAAAUACUAGUUCUUCAUCAAACUCAAAAAACUUGGAGCAAGACUUGGCUAAAAUAAUUGAUAAAAUUCUACUGCAAGUGUUAACUCAAGAUCCAUUGGAUGAGACAAAAAGAACAACAACCAAACUGAUUACAGAAAGAGGCAUGAAAGAAAGUUAUCCUCAAGAAAAGGUCUUGAAAAGUGCUGAAUUCACAUCUAGUUCAAGUAAACAAGAAGAAAAAUUGGCAGGACUAUUUGAUGAAAUUCUUCAGCAAGUGCAUUCCAGAGUUCCAUAUGAUGCACCCACUGAUGAAUCAAGACGAACAUCACGCACAGUGACUGCAAAGACAGACACGAGAAAAAAAAACUAUACAACAAUUGAUCAGAAUGACAAACUGCCACAUGCAAAAGACAUCCUUCAAACUAACCGGAGAUCCUUAGGUGACGUUUCAGAGGAGAAGCAGGAUACAGAUCCCUCUCUGUUGGGCAGGGAUGUAAGUGAGUUGUUAACUACUAUAGCUCAAGGAGCACAUGGAAAAGCACAUAGACGAGCGGUCUCAAACCAGGAGGUGCCAUGCGCUGAGCUCCUGAGCUUCCUCCAGAAGAACAUCAUCCUGGCUGCUGCAUCAAUCACAGGAAUCCUGUCGAUCGCAGUGCUGUUGCUGGUUUUGUUGAUUUCGUUCAUCAGGAGGAAAAAGCCAUUAUUCCGUUCGGCAAACGUGACGUACAAUAUUUUUAUAAUGAAUGGAAAGACUUGGUGCCAAAAGUAUCAAGAAAAUGCCAAAAAAUAUGUAAAAAAAACUGACACAGAAGGAGUAUAAUUCUUGUGUCUAAGCCAGGUGGUGGGGCCAGCCACACCAGGAUUUAAUGCUAUGAUGAGAGGCGAGUCUACAUCUAAACACCACAGAGAGGGCCUCCCUGGUGGCGCAGGCGGUUGAGCACCGCACUGUGGGGUUGUCCGCAGCCUCUGCAGCGCGGGUUCGAUCCUGGCUGGCGAGAAUCCCACAUGAUGUGGCAGACCUCUCCUGUCUCACCCGCUUCUCCCCUCAACAGUGUAUUUCAUCAGUCUGCCUGUUCUGCUCCCUGCUCUGUCUCUGGUUAAUCCUCUCACCCUCCCACGCAUCUGGCCUGUACCCUGAUUCUUGUA